UCCAUCAUAAUUAUCAACGGACUUCCCUAACAGCCAAACUCCUGGAACUGCAAAAACCCCCACAAAAAAGCCCCUAACGUUUCCUUUAUUCCCCAAAAUGCCCCUUGACUCCGACCCUCCAGCGCCUUCCACCCACAGAAACAGGUUUUUCCCAUCUCCUUCCUUUACCACCCAAUCAAAUCUCCGUUCCAAAACCCUAACCCGAAACCCCAAAAAUCUCACGUCCUUCCCUUCUCCCAGCAGAACUCCAAAAUCCUACAUCUCCCCGUCCCGAUCGCAGACUUUCGCCUCGAGUCGGAGCUUCUCAUCCUCACCGUCGAUCCCUCGAAGAAACGCCAGGUAUGCUGGAAUCCAUCGGAAGGUCGAUUCUGCUUCUCAGUAUGAGAAAUCAUCAAAACCGGACGUCUCAGAGGUCGUUACUGGCAAGAUGACGGACGUCAGGAAGGCGUUGAAGGGUUUUAAGGUUGGGCGAUCGAAUGUUCGAUGGAACUUGGCGCUGUCGGUGGUGCUUAUGGUCACAUGUUUAUCUUCUCUGCUACACAAAAACUUCACUUUACAAAACCAGGUCAAGGGCUUACAGGACCAACUUUUGGAGCUUAACACGAGGCUGCAAGCAUGUAGUUUGAUGGAUCCCAAGGAUAUUGUCAACAUUGUAGCACAAGACAGUGUUGAUGCAUCUAACAGAAGUUUAAAGAAUUCUGCUCUGUUUGUCUCACUUGCAUUUUUAGCUGUCCCUCUCCUUAUUUUCAAGUAUUUUGAUUAUGUUUCAAGCUUGAGGAGGUCAUCAGAAAAUAACAAAAAUUCAGAAGAACUUUCUCUAAACAAGCAGCUAGCAUAUCGAGUUGAUGUCUUCUUAUCAGUUCGUCCAUAUUCUAAGCCUUUGGCUUUGCUGCUUGCAACGUUAUUGCUUAUUUGUCUUGGUGGGCUGGCAUUGUAUGGCGUGACUGAUGAUAACGUUGCAGAUUGCCUGUGGUUAUCAUGGACAUAUGUAGCAGAUUCUGGCAACCAUGCUAACUCUGAGGGAUUUGGUCCAAAGCUGGUUUCAGUUUCCAUCAGUUUUGGUGGGAUGCUUAUAUUUGCUAUGAUGCUUGGACUCGUUUCUGAUGCAAUCUCAGAGAAAUUUGAUUCAUUGAGGAAGGGAAAAAGUGAAGUGAUAGAGAAAAAUCAUACAUUGAUUCUUGGGUGGAGUGACAAAUUGGGUUCUCUAUUGAAUCAACUUGCUAUUGCCAAUGAGAGCUUGGGUGGGGGAACCGUAGUAGUGAUGGCUGAGAGAGAUAAAGAAGAAAUGGAACUCGACAUUGCCAAAAUGGAAUUCGACUUCAAGGGAACACCUGUCAUAUGCAGAAGUGGAUGCCCUUUAAUUCUAGCGGACCUGAAAAAGGUAUCUGUCUCCAAGGCCCGAGCAGUGAUUGUCCUGGCUGAAGAUGGAAAUGCUGACCAGAGUGAUGCACGUGCACUGAGAACUGUUUUAGGCUUAACUGGAGUCAAAGAAGGUCUGAGAGGACACAUAGUGGUGGAAUUGAGUGAUCUCGAUAAUGAAGUUCUAGUUAAACUUGUUGGGGGAGAUCUUGUUGAAACUGUUGUUGCUCAUGAUGUAAUUGGUCGCUUGAUGAUUCAGUGUGCCCGUCAGCCAGGCCUUGCACAGAUAUGGGAAGACAUUCUUGGGUUUGAAAAAAGUGAGUUCUACAUCAAAAGAUGGCCGCAAUUGGAUGGAAUGCGAUUUCAAGAUGUUUUAAUCAGCUUUCCUGAUGCCAUUCCCUGUGGAAUUAAGGUAGCAUCUAGCAGAGGAAAGAUCAUUUUGAAUCCUGACGAUUCCUAUGUUCUACAAGAGGGGGAUGAAGUUCUUGUUAUUGCAGAGGAUGAUGAUUCCUACUCUCCGACAACCCUGCCAAUGGUCAAAGAAGCAUCAUUCAUAGACAUUGCUCGGUCCACCAGAAAGCCACAGAAGAUUCUAUUUUGUGGAUGGAGACGAGACAUUGAUGAUAUGAUUGUGGUGUUGGAUGCAUUUUUAGCACCUGGGUCAGAGCUGUGGAUGUUCAAUGAUGUGCCUGAAAAGGAGAGGGAAAAAAAGCUUAUUGAAGGAGGCCUUGAUACCGGCCGGUUAGUAAAUAUAUCACUGGUUAAUCGGGAAGGGAAUGCUGUUAUACGGCGUCACUUGGAGAGCAUUCCCUUGGAAUCAUUUGAUUCUAUCUUGAUUUUGGCUGAUGAAUCUGUGGAAGACUCAGCAAUUCAAGCUGAUUCGAGAUCUCUUGCUACAUUACUAUUGAUCCGAGAUAUUCAGGCAAAGCGUCUCCCUUACAGAGAAGCUAUGGUCACCCAUGUUCAUAGAGGAAGCUUCUCCAAGGGUUCUUGGAUGGGAGAAAUGCAACAAGCAUCGGAUAAAUCAGUUAUAAUAAGUGAAAUUCUGGACCCAAGGACCAAAAAUUUAUUAUCCAUGUCAAAGAUCAGCGAUUAUGUUUUAUCGAAUGAGCUUGUCAGUAUGGCAUUGGCCAUGGUUGCAGAGGACCGACAAAUAAAUGAUGUGUUGGAAGAGCUGUUUGCUGAGGAGGGAAAUGAGUUGCAUAUAAGGCUAGCAGAUAUUUACCUUCAUGAAGAUGAAGAACUUAGUUUCUAUGAAAUAAUUCUACGUGCCCGACAAAGGAAAGAAAUUCUGAUUGGGUACCGUCUUGCAAGUGCAGAGAGAGCUGUCAUCAACCCACCUUCCAAAAGCGAGCGGCGGAGAUGGUCGCCAAAGGAUGUUUUUGUCGUGAUUGCUGACAAGGAAUGAAAUGGUUUUUCCUUCUCCAUGCAAAAGAAAAGUGAAUGCUUCGAGAAAGAGAAUGGAAGUGCAUAACUAGGAAUUGGAAGAAAGAACACGGCAUGACUUGAAACAGAGUCACCGGUGUCAUUCAAUCCGAUACAAUGCCAUGAAAAUUUCGGAGCUCUGCUGUCCGCCGUUGAUCUCAACAAAAAUAUUUCUGGCGUACAUGACAUGUACAUAUCAUAUGCUCAAGUGAUGCCAAAAAAGGCUGAUGAGUUUGCUUCCUGCAGGGAGUAACAAAAAAUGCAGUGCGCUAGAAUCUCUGUAUUAUAGCUUUUUGUUCUGAUGUUAGUGAAUGGACAUCUUAUUGUUGUUAUUGAAUGGGCCGAAAGAUCUGUAUAUUAAGUCUAUGUUGUUGUUGUUACUGCUGCUGUUGUUAAUUACUAGAAGAAAACCACAUACAUUUUUUAGAAUGAAGUGCAGAAAAAUCUGUAUAUUAAGGCCACAUUUUCCUCA